CUGACUCUGGCUGUAAAAGAAGAGGGUUACUGAUAGCGUUGCCUUCCCAGGCAAGGUUACAGCGAGGGCUAGCUAACCUGGCAGGGAAAGCCACAAAAGGAUGAGACGUCAGUGAGCAGCGAGGACUUUGACAUGAACGACUCCACAUGGAUGUCAGCUGACCAGCACCUGAACUCCAGUCUGAGCCCCAGCCAGGAGGAAGGGAUGCGCAGCCCCCAGAACCUCCACAGCCAGGAGGAUGACGACUCCUCUUCGGAGAGCUGCAGCGGCAAUGGCUCCUCCACCCUGAACCCGUCCACCUCCAGCAGCACCCAGGGGGAUGCCGCCUACCCGGAGAUGAACGGGAAUGGAGCCGCAGCCCCCAUGGACUUCAGCGCCUCCUCUGAGGACCAGCCCAUCAACCUGUGUGACAAGCUGGCCCCCGCCCAUGCCACCCCUUCCUACCCGUCGGACGGCUGCAGCACCGACGGCCUGCGGAGCCGCACCAAGUAUGCGGCCAAAAGCACAGCUGAGUCACCUCCGUACAGCUCUGGCAGCUACGACUCCGUCAAGACCGAGGUCAGCGGCUGUCCCGAAGACCUAACCGUCGGCCGAGCCCCCACUGCGGAUGACGAUGAUGACGACCACGACGAUCACGAGGACAACGACAAGAUGAACGACUCAGAAGGGAUGGACCCGGAACGGCUGAAGGCCUUCAAUAUGUUCGUCCGCCUCUUUGUGGAUGAGAACUUGGACCGCAUGGUCCCCAUCUCCAAGCAGCCCAAAGAGAAGAUCCAGGCCAUCAUCGAGUCCUGCAGCAGGCAGUUCCCUGAGUUCCAGGAGCGAGCUCGCAAGCGUAUCCGCACUUACCUCAAGUCCUGCCGCCGCAUGAAGAAGAACGGCAUGGAAAUGACCAGGCCUACCCCACCCCACCUGACCUCAGCCAUGGCCGAAAACAUCCUGGCAGCUGCCUGCGAAAGUGAGACACGGAAAGCGGCCAAGAGGAUGCGGCUUGAGAUCUACCAGACAUCCCAGGACGAGCCUGUUGCCCUGGACAAGCAGCACCCCCGGGACUCGGCUGCCGUCACCCACUCGUCCUACUCGCUGCCGGCCUCCUCCUUCUCGCAGGACCCUGUCUACAUCAACGGGAGCCUGAACUACAGCUACCGCAGCUACGGGAGCCUGGGGGGCAGCCUGCAGCCGGCCUCUUCGCUCCAGACAGGGAAUCACAGUAACGGCCCGACUGACCUCAGCAUGAAAAGCAGCGCCUCCAGCACCACCACACCCCCGGCAAACAGCACGAGCAGGGGGGUGCCGGCUGCCCAGCUCAGCCCGACGGAGAUCAGCGCGGUGCGGCAGCUGAUCGCAGGCUACCGGGAAUCUGCAGCCUUCCUCCUCCGCUCGGCGGACGAACUGGAGAACCUCAUUUUGCAGCAGAAUUGACUGUUCGCCUCCCCGUGGCUCCCGUGCCAGAAGACUCUGG